UGGGCGAAUGCACGCGUUGACAGCGCAAGGCCAUACUUUCUGUUCGUAUCCUGACCUUCCUUUCAGUGCAAGCCAAACCUAUCCUGUAUCCUUACUUGACCUUAGUAAAAUAGGAACUGAUUUUUGUUGGAGGACAUCGUUAUUACAGGACGAAAAGGACCGCCGGAUAGUAGUGAGAGAUUCUGACUCCCCUCCACUGCAGCCAUCAUUUUGAAGCUACUCAGAUGUGUUAACGGAGUAACGCCGUAGUCAAAUGUUGGAAAUCUUCGCUCAAAUGUUGCGUGUUGCUUGAGACCUAAGUAAGUAGUUCAGGAAGUCAGUAACUGUCGCUCGACGCAGCAACGAACGGCAUUUUCCUGUGCACACGGUAGAUGAACUUCUGUGCUGGCCCAGUUUAGACAAGCUGCUGGUACAUGGUUUGGCUCUGUCCUCGGUAGUAUUCUAAGGUAGUGGCGGAUUGUCCCUCUAGGCAUUGUCGAGGGUGGAGGACGGACGAGAGUUCGACGCUUGUCGGGAGAGGAGCUCCUUCCAAAAUAGACGCUUGCUGUCAACCAUGGCGCGGCGAAGAAGUAGCGUUGCGUUUCGUCCCUUUUCUCCGCAUCUUUUGCUGGUGAUUCUACCCCUGCUGUGUGAAAACGUACUCUGCCAAGUUCCGGAUACACCAGAUAUUGAUGCCAGCGACACAGAUAUGCUGGUGAACUUAGUGGAAGGAGAUAACAGUGUAGGGUUUAGCGUGCUUUGCACCGAUGUAGUGCGUUCUAAUGAAGCCGUGCCGCUGGUUCUGCGAUGGACGUUCAAUGGAGAAGUGCUCCCACUGGAGCGACAGCAAAGUGAGACGCUUGCUGGCUCAAAUAUAUUUUUCAGCAAUACUCUGGAUCUCAAUGUUCGUGGAACCUGGCUGGAGGCUGACGCCGGAACGUAUGGCUGUACGGCACGAAAUAACGACACCAACGAGACGUCCGCCGCCAGGACAUUUCAGCUGGUUAUCAACGUACGACCAGAAGUGCUGUCGCUGGCAGGUCAGGAAAGCCGACUGGAGGAGGACGUUACAUUGACAUGCACGACACGUGCUACACUGCCACUCAAUUUUACAUGGAGUCGAGGCGGCACCGUUCUGCAGACAGCAGCUGCAGUGAACAGCAACAAUAACACGUUCACGCUGACCAACGUCAGUCGCACAGAUACAGGCAACUAUACGUGCCGCGCUACAAACCGCUUCGGCAGUGCAAACGAUACAGCGGUCGUCAAUGUGAUAGAGGUGCCUGAUUUGGGAGACAUGUUUGCGCCACAAGUCAGCUCCGACAACCUCCGCCAGAUCUUGCUGGAGUGGACGACGGAAUUCUUCGACGGCAACACGCCAAUAUUGAGUUACAGAGCAAUGUGUACUGGCAUUGGAUAUCCUGGUGACGUACAGCUGUCAGAUCCAUUGACAAUCCCUGCCACAGCUCGCAAUGCCACCAUCGACAAUCUUCACCCCGGCCGAUCGUAUUAUUGUGUCCUAGCUGUGACUAAUGAGGUUGGCUCCAGCACCAGUCAAACGGUAAACGCAACUGUGAUGGAAGAAGCUCCUGACUUAGCACCAGCUCAGCCUACUGUCACAGUUCUAUCGUCAACAUCAGUCGAGGUGGAAUGGACAGGUAUUCCCCCUGCAUCCUUGUUUGGUGUACUGCGUGGCUACACACUAUCCUUCGCAGCUAGCUGCGCCCAGUGUCCGUGUAGCAGCUACCCAUGCAGCCAGACCGGAUCCGUCAACGUCGAAGCGGGCGUGCCGCUGCGUCGCGUGCUCGAUGGACUGCGUCGCUUCACCGAAUACUCAGUUACCGUGGCUGCGUACAACAACGCCGGUACUGGACCAAUCAGUGUUGCACAGACUGUUACCACAAGUGCACAUGAAUCUGAUGCGCCCGAGGCACUCAUGGCCAUGCCCGAGCAGAAUACGAGUGCAAUGAGUGUGACAUUCCGAGAGCCCAUCGAGCCCAACGGCAAUAUCGUGCGCUACGAGCUCACGUACGAGUCGCUGGACACCGACUUUCAGAUUAGGCCCGAGACGCUGGUGGUCGAGGACGUGGACACGACGCCCAUCCGCACACGGGUGGUGGGUCUGCGCCGUCUGACCGCGUACCGCUUCACGCUGCGCGCCGUCAACUCCCUCGGACCCGGUCUGCCCGCAGUCGCCACGGCAACGAUGGCUGCUUUCCCAAUCAUACCCGUAAUGCCGGAGGCGAUGGCCGUCUCUCGUGGUGCCGAGGUGACGCUCAGUUGCGGCAGCGAGGGAGAUCCAGCGCCAACGGUGACCUGGAGACGCCAGGGCAACCUGACCUCGGUCCCGGGCCAAGCGGACGGCAGCCUGGUGGUGAGCAACGUGCAGGAGAGCGACGCAGGGACGUACAUCUGCACGGCUAGAAACACUUGGGGUGUCGCUACGGGAAACGCCAGCAUCACUGUUGUAGGCGAGACGUCGUCGAUCAUCAGUGGCUUCAAGGAUACCUACCUGUAUCUGUGCAUUGCCGGCGGAGUGCUGCUCAUACUGCUGCUGAUGACGCUGUGCCUGCUGAGAUGCCGACGCAAGAGAUCAUCGGCGAGCAAGACCUCGACUAACUAUCAUUUCGACCACCAUGAGUACAAUGUAGGCGCUGGGAUGAGCCUGCACAACCCAAACUACACAGAUCCAACCAGUGAGCAAGGAUCUCCGUCCUAUCCUCCCAGGUAUGCUGGCACCGCAGGCCCGGACUCUCAGCAGCAACCGCAGCACCAGCAGCAACGUCCCGUGCCUGCGCAACGCACGCCUGGCGUAGGACUGUCGCACUCAAACGUGCCGACCAUCAGUGCGCCCAAUGACGCGUUGGAUGGUCACUUCAACCAGACAGCGGCCACAUUCCAGGCACAGGACGGGCACAACGCCGACCACUUCCGCAAGACGGUGACGCCAGUGGCCACGCUCAACAACCAGCACCAGCACCAGCCCAGCAUGCUGAGCAACGCCAGCAGCUUUCACCCGGCACAGCAGUACGAUGCCGGCGGUGUAGGUGCCAGUGGCGGCGGCCAGUCCAAGUACGCCACCAACAACGGCAAUAACCUUCACCAGGAAAUGGGCGGUGGGGCAGCUGGCGGUGGGCCGAUGAACACGGACGCGUACCCGAUGCGUGACAUGGCGGCCAGCACCGACGUGCUCACCGUCAACGAACAGCUGCCGACAUACACCGCACGGCAUGGCGAUCACAUUCUCACCGCCAUGUGAGAGGAGCCACCUCACCACUGGUGUGCGGUGAGCCACGUCUAACUGUCGUGUGAUGAGCAAUUUUCUCGUUGCCAUCUGACUUGAGCCACGUUCUCAUCGCUAUGUGACGAGCCACAUUCUUUGAACUAUUGCAUGAUGGUUUGAGGUAGUAUUGUCGAGCGUGACCAACACGCACUAGGGAUGUGUAGGUGGAAGGAUCUCUACUUUUCCACAGUGCAGCAGUGGUGGGUCCGUCACCAUAGUAACCCCUGGAAGAGCAAUCCUAGUCGGCAUCAUAGACGAAUCUAUACUGAUCAGUUCUAAACCGGACAAAGCUAAAGAAAAUUGAAUAAAUGCACCAGUUACAUGCGUGUUGGACUUCCGCAGAGCCUCGAAACUGGGCGCCUGCACUUGACUAUGCUUGCGUCGGAGUGAAGGCUAAUCAUAAAGACUCCGCUCUACUGCUAGCGCAGCCGGCAAUGGUAUAUGCUGACUCUGCCGUGUGUAGCGAGCUAACUGCCCUGAGAAUGAAUGUGGGCAUUUUAGUAUCUUAUCAUAAACCGUUACCCAACUUUGCCUUGCUGUACUAAAUUCCCCAGCCCUGUAUAGCUGAACAGUGCGCGUAAAGGGACUAAUUGAAUUUCCAUCGGUGCAUUUCAUUUCUUUUUCCGUACAUCAAACCUGAGAACGAGUUGAUAUCUUGCCUGCUAAGCUUGAGCAGUGCAGUUGCAUCCGGUGGUGUGGAGUUACUAUUCAACUGCUUCUCCAUGAUCAUUUCCAAGUCUACAACCGCUGCCAAUGCUAGACACUUCCUAUCUGAUAAUUAUUUUCCAAUUCCCGCUUGCUGAUAGGUGGUCCCGCAUUGCAAAUGGGAAUACAAUUAUUGCAUUCUAUCAGUGUGCUCGUUGAUAAUCCUUUCUCUACUUCUUGUGGUUUUGCAUAUUGUUCGGUUAUCAUUCUUUCGUUUAGUAUUUGACUGUAAUGUUUAUGCUUGGUUGUCUGUGA